CCAGCUCCACCCCCAACAACUGCCUACCGCAGGGCUGGGACUCCUAAGCAUUUUCUAAGGGAGGAGCAGGUUAACAUCCUGACCUUCCCUCCAAGACUGGUGGCCGAGCAACUGACAGCAAUGGAUGUGGAGCUGUUCAAGAAGGUGCUGCCCCACCAGUGCCUGGGCUCCGUCUGGUCCCAGAGGAGGAAGCCUGGCAAGGAGCACGUGGCCUCCACUGUCAGUGCCACCAUCAGACAAUUCAACCACGUGGCCACCUGUGUGAUCACCACCUGCCUUGGGGACCCAAGCAUGAUGGCCCAGGACAGGGCCAAAGUGGUGGAGCACUGGAUUAAGGUGGCCAAGGAGUGCAGAAGCCUAAGGAACUUCUCCUCCCUGCACGCCAUCCUCGCUGCUCUGCAGAGCGUGGCUGUCCAUCGUUUGAAGAAAACAUGGGGGAAGGUUUCCAGGAAGCGGGCACUGACUAUGAAACAACUCUGCAUGAAGGACAACAUCCUGAGCAGGGAACAGUUCAUCAAGCCUUCCAGGUAUGCCACUCUGAUGUCCCAUGUCCCUGGAUCCAAGCUCAGGCUGCCCAAGAAGUGUGUUCCCUUCCUGGGAGAAUACCUUAAAGAUCUGAAGGUGAUGGACAGCAUAAUGGAGGAUGAUCAGGAGGUGGGUGACCUGGGGCCUGACUGGGGUGACCAGGAUUGACGUUGGGGACAGAGAGCCCCCAUCCUGAGCUGUGAGUUCUCAGCACUGCCUUCCCUUGGAGCUGGAGCAAUAGGCCCAUCAUAGUCAUCCUUGUCCCCGCUCCUUUGGAGCCCAGAGCCUAGCCUUGAUCCCAGUCCUGCCUUUUCCUGCUUCCCAUUCCCUCCUGGGACCUGGUGGUAGUGCACCAUGAGAAGGUUGGGCAUAGGGGGCCAGUCCUAGCAAGGGGGUUCUUUCUCAUGGACCUUGGAUAUCUGCCUUUUAGAAGAGUCAGAUCAAUUAGCA